AUGCUUAUCAAAGCGAAAAAGAGUGUUCUCCCUCUCAAGGUUCUUUGCAGUAGCGUGAUUACAGAAAGAAGAGCUAAGGAACUUGAUGUUGCAUUUAUGAUCGACGUUAUUAACACCGACUCGUGCCCUGAGUACAAUGGAUAUAACACGAUGAUGAUAAUGAGUUUUGUUUCUGCUGUCGGAACACUGAUGAAAGGGACUGGACUCUCUGAGGUGUUAGAAUCAACGUUUGCUGGAGUAACAAAAAUGCUCUCUGGAAAGAAAUUUCCACAGAAUGUUAGAGCAAUGAGGCUUGUCGUUGAGGAAAUACUGAGGAGUACCAUACAGAAUAAUAACAUCGGAUCCAUGGAAGAUCUAUUAGCAAGACUUAAAAGAUCUGCUGGUGCAAGCAAGACGUCAAAGCUGUGGGUCGAUUGCUUUAUAAAGCCAAUGUUUAUAAUGAUGAUGUAUGUGCGGGCMGAAAGAGAAGKGGACUGGCCACUGCAUUUGGUGGCUGUGAAACAAAUGCUUCCAUAUUUCUUUGCAUCGGCACAUGUCAACUAUGMCCGUUACGGAUUAUACUAUCUACGUUCCAUGGAAUCCUUGGGUAAUGAAGAAGUUUUAAAGUUCAUGAAGGGAGAGCAUACAAUGCAUCAUGUGUURGGGAUUUGGAACGGGAUAUGGAGCGAUAUGUUCAUCGAGACAACGUUUAUGCGCUACGGGCAUGRUCCCAGUGGUAUAAUUGGUAUUACACUAAAGCCCGAAACCCUCAAAACAUGGGCCCUUGGCCUCCACAUCUGUUCUAGGYUAGAGCAAGACAUUGCUGAUAUCGCCGAAAAUGGACAUCGAGUUACCAGCCAAKUGACUCAUAAAGRGGAGAUGGCAGCCCGCAUCGCAUCAGAUGGUGCAGAUCGAGAGACCAUCAAGAAAAAGCUUGAGUUGUGUAUAGAUCCACUUGAUGCUGCAUCCCAUCCCCCGAAUGUUGUAAACAUUGUGAGCGGAAAAGUAGCUGACAGCAGUGUAAAUGUGCAGGAGGCAGUAGCAAUUGGCAAAACGAUGAUGAAGGAGUUUGAGUCAAAGUGGCCAGAAGGGUUCCGGAACACCAUCUCAAAGAGAGUUAUAACUGUAUCAGAUGGCAAGAAACACAUCAAAGUUGGUUCUCAAAAGGUCUAUGACAAUACUGUAAUUUAUAGUAGAGUUAUUGGAGUUCAAGCAAGCUCGAGGGAAAUUGACCUGAAGAACAUCCUUGGCUACGAACUUGCCCCAGUGCCCACGUCAAUGUUCCUCGACAGUGGGGAGAUGAGAAUUUGUAAGUCUAAAUCUGACUUGAAAAACAAAAUGGCAAUCAGUUCUUCAGCCAGAAUCGUCAGUGACUUUGUUGAUAAUUUCAAGAGAUAUUUAGCAACAAAGCUUGUUGAAGCAGAUGUAUACUUGAUCUUCGACAGAUAUGAAGAGUACAGCACGAAGAGUGUUACAAGAGAUGGAAGAAAGUGUGAAGCAAGCAGGGUUUAUCAGCUUUCACCAAAUACACCCCUUCCAUCCCAAAAGGCUGUGUUGACCGUGUCUGAAAACAAGAAACAGCUCAUGGAAAUAAUCUGCAUCAGUCUGGUUGAAGAUACGGCGUUUCAUAAUCAGCAUACAACUACACACAAACUCGUGAUAACUGGUAAUGAUAUUCCAAAAGAAGUCCACCUGGGUGUUGUUAUUGAAAGGAGAGAUAUUGCCACAUCGCACGAGGAGGCAGACAACAUCAUUGCACAGCAGGCCUUGAUGUGUGCAAAACAGCAUAGAAGUACUACAAUUGUCAUUGCUGAUGAUACUGAUGUAUUUGUUCUUCUGCUAUAUCAUUACCACAAUGAGCGCAUGACAUCUCCUAUGUUAAUGACAUCACCGAUUCAGCAAAGGACUGACAUACAAGCAACGGUAGAAGAAUACCAAGCCAUCAUACCUGGCUUACUAGGAGCACAUGCAAUUUCUGGCUGUGAUACCGUGGCAACAUAUUUCGGCAUUGGUAAAGGAACUGUUCUGAAAAAUCUAAUUGCCACUCCUGAUGCUGUGAACAAGCUGGGCUGUCUUGAUUUGCCAUUAUCAGACGUCAUUGAUCAAGCAACGAAGUUCAUUGGUGCCUGCUACAACUUCAAAGACAUCAGAGAUGGUGUAGGUUGUGAUUGA